ACCUUGAGACGGCGAUGCAUGUUUCCGAAGGCAGUCUAUCAGGUGCUGGUGAUAAAUCACUUUGUCGCACGUGGUGGGAUGUGACUCGAACGCGGUAAACUGUCCGUAUUUAUACGAGACAACCGUCUGUUAUUGCGCCCAUCGUAUCAUAGCUGAUCAGAUAUGGCGCAACCCAUUAUUCUUUACGAUGUUCCCAGUUCUCUGCCUGGCAAAGCAUGGUCCCCUAACAUGCACAAGGCUAGAUGGGCUUUGAGCUACAAAGGCGUACCGUUUGAGACGGUCUGGAUCGAAUAUUCGGAUAUCCAAACGCGUAUGAAAAGCAUCGGCGCCCAGCCUACCACCAAAACGAAAGAUGGAAACGAUCUCUACACACUUCCGGUCAUUCAGGAUCCAUCGACCGGCGCAAUAGUGUCCGACUCUUUUAUCAUCGCUGAAUACCUCGACAAGACGUAUCCAUCUCUGCCCACGCUGUUCCCUUCUAGCAGCAAAGCAUUGAUUUAUGUGCUCGACAAAACAUUUACUGCGAACGGUUUCCCUCUGGUCAAUAUGAUGUUGUUGAAGGUCGUACCCCAUUUGCUCUCGCCGACUAAAGAAUAUUUCGUGAGCAGAAGGGAGUAUGAUCUCGGAUUGAAGAUGGAGGAAUGGUCGCCUGUCGGGCCUAAGCGUGAAGAACACUGGGAUCACUUGAAGCAAUCACUCGACGUUGUUGAAGGAUGGUAUGCAAGAACCCCAGGACCAUGGAUUAUGGGGGACACAUUUUCACAUGCCGACAUCAUCAUUGGUGCACGCCUUGAAUGGUACUACACCAUUCUUGACGAAGAUGAACGGAAGAAGUUAACUUCUUGGCAUGAAGGAAGAUGGGCGAAACUGUUGACGGAAGUUGGGAAAGUGUGCAACGUGCUCUAGGCAUGGUUUAUUUAUUAUCUUGCCUAUCAACAACGCAAUCAAAUCAGCUUGUUGACUUCAACCAACCAAACCCGUGGGAGAUAAUUGGAUUACUGAGUGAUGUGCAGAAGCUGAAGCGCUGACGGUUCCGGAGUGACAAGGUCAGGUCUAGCGGAGUAAUUGAGCGAGCGUUUUUCUAGUAGAUAACUUGUUGUCUUCUCCGAAUCGACGAUGAUAUCCUGGUUGAGAAAGCAAGAGUAUAUAUUAUUAUCUUCAAGAGUAGGAGAUAGAGGAGAUAUUAUCAAAGAGAUAAGCAAUGAUACUAAUGCAACACAUACAAUAGAUCUUUCCAAAUAUUCCAAGGUACGGCAAUGUUCAUUCCGAGGGUUUCAACUAUAGGGUGCAACGGUCCAGGAGGAUUGUGGCAGAACAUGAUGUCACCUGAA